UUGACUCUCAUUUUCCCUGAGCCGAAAUCUCCGCUGCUUCUCGCUUUCUGCUUUCUUUGCUGUCAUCUCGCUUUGAUCUCUCUCCGAGAAGAGCAAAAAUGUCUACGGAAAAGGAGAGAGAGACCCAGGUUUAUUUGGCCAAGCUCGCCGAACAGGCCGAGCGUUAUGAAGUUACAUUACAGGAGUGAUCUCUGUCUGAAAUUUCAUAUUUGGAUGAUGGCACAGAAAUGGUCGAGUGUAUGAAAAAGGUUGCAAAACUUGAUCUCGAGCUGACUGUGGAGGAGAGGAAUCUCCUAUCUGUGGGAUACAAAAAUGUCAUUGGUGCUCGCCGAGCUUCAUGGCGCAUUAUGUCAUCCAUCGAGCAAAAGGAGGAGUCGAAGGGGAAUGAGCACAACGUUAAACUUAUUAAGAGUUACCGCCAGAAGGUUGAGGAGGAGCUCUGCAAGAUUUGCAGCGACAUUCUUGCUAUCAUAGACAAGCACCUGAUUCCCUCUUCCACUUCAGGAGAAGCCACGGUUUUUUACUACAAAAUGAAAGGUGACUAUUAUCGCUAUCUUGCCGAGUUCAAGACUGACCAGGAAAGAAAAGAGGCAGCUGAAGAGUCAUUGAAGGGAUAUGAGGCUGCCUCAGCCACUGCAAACACCGAUCUUCCAUCAACCCAUCCAAUUCGUCUUGGCCUUGCUCUCAAUUUCUCUGUCUUCUACUAUGAGAUAAUGAAUUCUCCUGAGAGGGCCUGCCAUUUGGCCAAGCAAGCUUUUGAUGAGGCAAUUGCAGAGCUGGACACCUUGAGUGAGGAAUCAUACAAGGACAGUACCCUAAUCAUGCAGUUGUUGAGAGACAACCUCACUCUUUGGACCUCUGAUUUGCCUGAAGAUGGAGGUGAAGACAACCUCAAAGGCGAAGAGUCCAAACCUACUGAAGCCGAGCAUUGACGGGGGUGGAAGGCACCUGAGAGAGAUAAUAGUAGCUGGAUAAUAUAUCAAUCAUUCUACUUCGUAAGGGUGGCGGCUUCUUUGGUUUUCUCGCAAGAGGACUGGACUUUGCAAUUCGGACAUAUUAUAAAUUUUGUUGAUCUUUUUGGCCACAAUCAAAGCCAUAAAGAUCAAUCAGUUCUGCGACUUUUUUUUUAUUUUUCCUCUUAUUUUGGCUUUCCAUCGAGGCGUGUUAUUUAAGCAAUGGAUAUUUAUUUUAUUUUUUUUUCUGUGCUUUUCUUUC